AUGGACACUGCUGCUACGGCCGACGUCCAGUUACUCGUCGCCCUCGCCAGACCCGUCCCGGACGUAAUGCGGGUUCUGCAAGAGGAGACCGCAUCACUACCCGAUUUAGUAGAACUGACGGCUAGGAUCAAGUCGGGUGACGCCCCCCCACAUUUGUCAUGGGCAGAUGGCCUCAUAUAUUAUCAUCGCAUGGGUGCUCGUGAGUGCAGAGUCCAAGACGAGGCAGACGUUGCUGCAAGAGCAUCAUUGCUCGCCGACCGCGGGACACCCGGGCCACGAAAGAACUCCACGAAAUACUCGACGCGCAAGCCGGCAGGGUUAUUGCAGCCGCUACCGGUUCCAUCACAGGUUUGGGAGGAUGUCUCGAUGGAUUUCAUCACCGGGCUUCCACAAUCCCGCGGGUAUACGGCAAUCAUGGUGGUGGUCGAUAGGCUUUCGAAGUAUGCUCACUUUGCCCCCCCUCCCACCAAAUUCGACGCCCUCCGAGUAGCGCAACUCUUUUAUUUGCGGGCGUUUGCAUCCGAUAAGCCCUCGAGAUGGACGAAUUUUCUACCUUGGGCGGAGCUCGCUCUAAAUUGUUUUCAUCACUCCGCGUUGGGCACGUCACCUUAUCGUGCCUUGUAUGGGAGAGAACCACCUUCACUAGUCGCAUCCCCUCCAUCGACAAAGACGCCCCCCAACGUGGCGGAUAUUAUCAAGCAGUGGGGGGAGUUAUUGGUCACCCUUAGGCGCAACCUCUUGCGGGCACAACAGCGGAUGGCCGAAGUGGCGAACCGGCACCGACGCCGCGUGGAGUUUGAAGUCGGAGAUAUAGUGUGGCUGAAACUGCAACCUUACCGGCAACACUCGAUUGCAAAGCCACUAUCGGCUAAGCUAGCCCCGAGAUUCUAUGGGCCAUUCGAAGUGUUGGAGAGAGGUGGCCCCGUGGCUUACAAAUUACGGCUGCCAGAUGGAAGUAGAGUGCACAAUGUGUUUCACGUAAGCUUGUUGCGCAAAUUUGUGGCUGGGGAUGAUGAUGUUGACGGGGUGAAACAAACUCCGCAGUUUGUGGGGGGUAGGCCGGUGGCCAUAUUGGAGGAACGGGUUAGUUGGCGCGAGGGGCGCCCAGAAAAACAGUGCUUGGUGCAGUGGGAAGACGAUGCUUCCACGCCGACGUGGGAGCCGGUCGACGCGAUUGGUAAGCAGUUCCCGGAAGUUCGCCUUGUGGACAAGGCAAUUCUUAACGGAGGGGGGGUUGAUACGGGCCCCCCGCCAACGGCCGCAGGAACAGAGCAGCAAGAGCCAGAGCCCCGGGAGGCCGCAGGAACAGAGCAGCAAGAGCCUGAGCCCCCCGGAGCCAACGCCGAGGGUGAGUGGUCAAAGGGAAGACAUGUCGGCGACGACGAGAUCCUUGAGGCCUAG